AUGUCCCACCCUUUGACGAAUAUAGAUUUGAACGGCGCCACUCAGGACACUCAAACCGAAAAGCAGGUCGUCAAGGUCUCCUCCCCAGAGGCAAUGCAGCCCAGCAAAGAAGCAUCCAAACUACCUGAGAACUUUGGCGAGAUUGUGCAAGGAAUUUACCGCAGCUCGUUUCCUCUACCGUCGAACCUUCCGGCACUAAAGGCCCUCGGCUUGAAAACCAUCAUUACUCUUGUCGAAGAGCCAUAUGAACAAAGCCAUGAGAACUUUGUAAAAGACGGUGGAAUUACGCAUCAUCGGAUUGCAUUCAUUGCAAACAAGAACCCAAGUGUCAGGACUCCAGAGACCGUUGUGAACCAUAUUAUGGAGAUAUUGCUCAACAAAAACAACCAUCCGGUGCUUAUCCACUGCAAUAAGGGUAAGCAUCGCACUGGAUGCGUGAGCGCCUGUUUCCGCAAACUGCAGGGAUGGGACUUGCGGGAGAUCAUUGAUGAAUAUGUCCACUACUCGGGCAAGAAGCAACGACAGCUCGACAAGGUGUUCAUCGAGGAAUUUGAUCCUUCCAAGCUCAUGCAAUUGACUCAAGCUUCGGGUGCAAAACUCUGGCGUCCCGAAGGGAGCCACUUCAAUAUCGAAACCGAUACGGAUGAUGACCAGUCCAACAAACUUCACGAACUCCCUUGCAACGGCAUUCCCGUUACUUAG